AUGGCCGAUGGUGACGCGGAGUUCUUUCCUGUUUCCUUCGGCCGCGUCUUUAAGUGGGUGCCUGCAGUCGGAGGAGCGCGUGUAGAGAGCGCUUCUUCUUCUUCUUACUCUUGCCUUUCUUUCGCUCCUUCUUCUUUUCCAUCCUCGCCACCGCCGCGCAGCCUGUGCGCGCUCCCGGACACCCGGCGCCGCGCACUGCCCCAGCGCAGUGUAUUCCAUAAAGGAACAGAAAUCUCUCUUUUUUUUUCCCCUGUAUGUGUGUGUGUGUGUGUGUGUGCCGCGUUCACUCUUUUUUCCCCACUCAUCUCUCUCUCUCUCUCUACCUCUCAUGCUCUUUCUUUCUCUUUCUCUCUCUCUCACACACACACACCAUCUUGCUCUCUCUCUUUCUCUCUCACUCUUUCUCUCUCUCUCUCUCUCACACACACACAAACACACAUACACGCACACACACUCAUUUCCCACGCGCGUCGCCCGCUCGCUCCCGUUACUUGGGGAGAAUAUUUUGUGCGCGGGGGUUUGAUCGUACUGUAAAUAAAAACAAAUAAAAGAAAGAGAAGAAGGAAGAAGAAAAGGACAUUUCCAUUUCCCUUUUGAAAGAGCAGGUCACUGAAAUUUACCAAAAGACUGUGAGCCCUGGCCUUUGAGAGAUGGCUCAAUAGAGGCACCAGGGAUGCCGGACCAUGACAGUGAGUCCCUCCUAAACCGACAGACCAAAAGAAGACGAGUGGACAUCGGCGUGAAGAGAACUGUUGGCUCGACUUCCACGCUGACAUCAGCAGCUCCUAUUGACUUCAUUGCCAGCCGCACAUCAAACACCGCAAUCAUUUUUGGGGCCAUGAACGCCCAUCAUAGUGGAGAGCAGGAUCUCCUGGAGUGUCAAGGGGUGCAGCUUGGACACGGGGACUCGAAUGAGACUAAGUCCAAUGUGCUCCGGAAGCUUCUCAAGAGGGCCAACUCGUACGAGGACGCAAUGAUGCCUUUUCCUGGCGCUACCAUCAUCUCGCAGCUAUUAAAGAGCAACAUGGCAAAAAAUGGAGCUGGGGGAGGAGUAGAGCCAGGGUUUCCUAGUAGUGCUCUCUCCAGCACAGGAUCCGAGGUGCCCCAAGAGGACGCAUGCAGUAACUCAUCCCAGGAAAGCCCUCAGGAGUGUCUCUCACCGUUCAGCCGCCCAACUUUGGGUCACUUUGACGUUGAAAGACUUAAUGAUGAACACCUCCGAGCUAAGCGAGCUCGUGUGGAAAACAUAAUUCGUGGAAUGAGCCACUCACCCAAUGUAAUGAUGCCAGCAAACUCCAGCUCAAGGGAACGAGAGCGGAACAGUGAAGGAGAACCUGAAGGUCCCCAGCAGCCACCUAGCCCACGAGAGGGCUAUCGUGAGAACAAGCGCAAGCAGAAGCUUCCACAACAGCAGCACAGUUUUCACCAGCUGGUGUCAGUGCGGAAAGAGCAAAAAGUGGAGGAGCGCAGGCAGCUCAAGCUGCAGCUUGAGGACAUGCAGAAACAGCUGCGCCAGCUGCAGGAGAAGUUCUUUCAGAUUUACGACAGCACUGAUUCUGAAGGGAAUGACCCAGAUCACGAUGGAGGGAACCUCUCUGAAGACAGUGCACGCUCUGAUGCUGGCCUCAUGAACGGAGAUGUUGACGAACGCCCCAUGCACGAUUCUGCUGCUGAUCAUUCAGAUAACGAGAUGUCAGACUUGGAUCCAGGACAUUUUCUGGACAGAGCAAGGGCACUGCUAAGAGAACCGGCCCUUCUUGAUGGAGAGAAGCCCAAAAGGGAAAGCUCACUAAAGGGCAAAGGUCCAACCUCUAUGCAUGCAGAAGGCAAACAACUGGCAGAGACCCUGAAGCAGGAACUGAACUCUGCCAUGUCUCAGGUGGUAGACACCGUAGUAAAGGUCUUUGCGAAACCUCCGCGGCCUCUCCCACAAGUGUUUCCGCCUCUUCCUGUGCCUCAGGAUCGUUUUGCCGUUAACGGGGACAACCCCAACUUCCACACAACCAAUCAGCGCCUGCAGUGCUUCGGAGAUGUCAUAAUCCCCAGCCCACAUGAGUCAUUUGGUGGAGUCCCGCUCCCCAGUGCCAAUGAUCAGACAGAAGCGCUGCCUUUGGUGGUGCGGAAAUCUGCAGCUGAGCAUCACCACCAGUCCUCAGCAGUAGGUGCUCAUGGGGGGCACCACCAUCCCUCCCUCCAUCCCUCUUCCCUGUCAGCCAACAUGGGCUUCAGCCCACCAUCUUUCCGCCACCCAUUCCCCCUCCCUCUAAUGGGGUACCCUUUUCAAGGCCCACUUGGUGCCCCAUCGAUAGGUUACCCGGGCAAAGACAGAGGCUCACCUGAUUCAAUGGACCUCUCACGGGAUACCACCAGCUUACGGACCAAGAUGGCUUCCAACCACCAUAUGGGGCACACCCGAGCCUGCUCGCCAACCCACCCAGGGAGCACAGCUGAGAGUCUGUCUCUGUCGCUGAUUAAGUCAGAGUGUGGCGACCUCCAGGACAUGUCUGAUAUCUCGCCAUACACAGGGAGUGCAAUUCAGGAAGGGCUUUCCCCCAACCACCUGAAGAAGGCCAAGCUCAUGUUCUUCUACACCAGGUACCCCAGCUCCAACAUGCUCAAGAUGUUCUUCUCCGACGUUAAGUUCCCACAGACAGAUGCAUCUCUUCCACAAGUUGGCGACAAGUUAUCCAUUGAUUUUACAAGGAUCAGGCAUUCCACUCGCUGGAUGUUUACGAGAACGACUGCAGUGGGCUCUGAGCCACCUCGGCCGGGAUCAUCAUUUACAGACUUUAACCGGUGUAUCACGUCUCAGCUGAUCAAGUGGUUCAGUAAUUUUCGGGAGUUCUACUACAUCCAGAUGGAGAAGUUCGCCAGGCAGGCCAUAAACGACGGCGUGACGGGGGCUGAAGAGAUCGCCGUCAGUCGAGACUCUGAGCUCUUCAGAGCUCUCAACAUGCACUACAACAAGGCCAAUGACUUUGAGGUUCCUGAACGCUUCUUAGAGGUCGCUCAGAUAACGCUGCGUGAGUUCUUUAACGCCAUCGUGGCCGGGAAGGACGUGGACCCAUCCUGGAAGAAGGCCAUCUAUAAAGUCAUCUGCAAGCUUGACUCAGAAGUUCCAGAGAUCUUCAAAUCUCCCAACUGUCUCCAAGAGCUCCUACACGAGUAAUGUUUCCCCCAAGACCUCCUUCACUACACCUGAUGAUUUCAGUUUUUUUUUUUUUUUUGUUUUAAUAUUUUCCCCCUUAUUUCUGUUCUUGUUUUAUUUGAAUGUAUGGCAUAUGAAGUAGCAUUCCUAAGCAUUUUUUGCCUUCUUUCCCUUGGGGUGAUCUAGUUAAAUUUUGAGAAUUCUUGUCGUUUAUUUUACAUAUUCUUUUUUUUUUUUUUUUUUCAUAUUUGAUGGGACUUUGAUCCCUCUAGGGCCCUUUGACUUUUUGCCUGCCCGCUCUGGAAUUACGUGUAAUCCUCAUGAAAUCCCAAUACGGAAGCCAAACAACUCAGUGAACUGGUAUGACUGAUGACUUGGGCUUUGUUCAAACAAGUUUUGAAGUGUGUAUUUCACUGGAGAAGUGGGCAUUGCAUUUAUAGGGUGUAUAGAAUUAUUAUUAUUAUUAUUAUUAUUUCUAUUAUUAUUGUUAUUUUAUUACUGUUGGUGUUCUUGUUGUCGUUGUUGUUGUUCCUGCUUGGGUAAGACUGGCACUUGGAGGUUUUUCUUUCUUUCUUUUUUCCUUCCUUAUUUUUCCUCUUUUUGUUUCAUGAUAAGAUUGCAAGAAAAUAAAUUAUUAUUCCAAAUGUAAAUCUCUAACUAUAUGCAAAACUAUAUUACAGACUUUACAUUAGAUUAGCUUUUCAUUAAGUCCUCGCCCUGGAUUUUUUUGGUUUAUAUGGGUCCAAGAUUGAACAUCCUAUUUUUGUCUGGCUUUGACUGACAGCCCAAUGCACCAACCACAACGAUUGAAAGGGCAUUGUAACCUCGCCCAUUUUUAUUAUUCUUUACAAAGCUGGCUUUUGUUUUGUUCUGUUUCGUCAGGUCUCUGGUUUGCACAGAAAACACAACUGUAACAUAUACUGCAAUGAUCUAGUCCCUCAGCACAUAGCAUCACCAGCACACACAUACACACACUGUCCUGCUCAGUAAGUAGCUGUGUGUGUGUGGCACUUGCUCAGUUAAAGAGGCACGGUGAUCAAGCAGGAGGUCGUCAACUCAAGGCCGAGUUUCAGUGCGACUACACCACGGAUACAACGUCACAUCACGUCAAAAUUUAAAUUCGGUAGCUAUGCACAUCUCAAGAACACACAUUUAAAUGCCCUUCAACUGCUCAUUCCAGAGGAAUCAUUUGAAACCUUCGAGGACGUAUGAGAGUGUGUGUACACUUAUUUUUCAGUGUGAGUGUUUUUUUUUGUUUUUUGUUUUUUUUUGCUGUGUGGUUAUUAGCUCAGUAUUUUUAUUGUGUUUCUUGAAUACUGAAUUGCUAUGAAAAUUAAAAGCAACCAUGUUUAAAAGGGCACAUAACAACAUGAAUUCAAUCCUUGCAAAUGAUUUUUUUUUUCCCCCUGGAUGUUUCGAUUUGAAAGUUUGUACUGUAUGGAUAUGAAUUUAAAAAAAUGCACUUACCUGUUGUUCAGUGAAAGCAAUGACAUUGGAUUUUAUUUAAUAAAGAUUGAAAAUAUACUUGAAACAAUAA